AUGGCUGGAAAACAACACUGUAUCACUUAUGCUUUCACUGAACGAGAGAAAGAAAUGAAGAGCCUAAAGAUUCAACUUGCAGAUCUUCAAAACCAGUUUCGUCAGAAACAACAACAACAACAAGCAGCUUCGAGUUACAACAUCUUCACACCAUAUCAUACUGGUAUGCAUGAUACUCCUUACCAAGCUUAUACUCCUCUCCCAUUUCAACCAUACAAUCCUCCAACCUCACCUCCAAAACCUUUUUUCACACCUUUUCAGUACAAACCUCCCCUAACAUCUAUUCCAACAUCCUCACAACCAACACAAUACUUCACUCCUCUUUCAGAACAACCAGACCAACCCCUUUUCGGUACAACUGAAAAAUGGAUUCACAGAUUUAGAGAAAAACAACCAGUUGAUCCAAAACCCAAAAGAGUAGCAGAACAACCACUUUCUUCAAACCCUCAAAACCACAUCCAAGCUCAAGUUCCACACCUCAAAACCCUACACCACAACCAAACCAAAACCUGUACAACUCAUGAUUUCUCCUACACAAACCCUUCCAGAAAUACUUCACCAGAUGGCACAAGAUAA